AUGUGCAACCAUCUCUCGAACGGGUUGGGUUUCUUGUUGGUGGUGGCGGUUACCUCGGUUGUUCGUUGUGACGAGUUUGAGGAAGUGUUUAGGUGGAAACAAAUUAAUUUCAAUAACCUAGUUCAGGAUGACCGAAAGGACUUCAUCUUUGAUGAUAACGAUCUCGCAGAAGGGGUGUCACCAUUGAACGAAACGUUCACACCGUACAACAAUUUGCCGAUGGGAGUUACCCAUCACAAGGGUCGCAUAUUUGUAACCAUUCCUCGGCGUCGUACCGGUAUACCAGCGACGCUGAAUGUAAUAAAACUGAGCGAUGUCCCUUCAGAUGAGAAAUCCCCAAAACUAACUGCUUACCCAGAUGCCAUCACAAACCAACUGAGGUAUUCUUACGAAGCGGAUUCGAAACGUUUGGUCUCUGUUUAUCGCACCCGAGUUGAUCGAUGCGAUCGACUGUGGUUCGUUGACACCGGCUUUCUAGAGUAUCCGAGCCAUCGCAAACAGGUUCAACGUCCUUCACUGUGGAUCAUCGAUUUGCUGCAGGAUCGUAAAGUUCGCCAGUUUGAAAUACCGGAAACUAUUGUGACCGAAGGCCACGGUAUGGCCAGCGUAACGGUCGACUUGUCUAGUGACGAUUGUGAAGAAGCAUACGCCUACAUACCGGACUUGGCAUUCUAUCGUUUGUAUGUAUACGGUUUUAAGGAGAAUCGUAUGUGGACGUUCCGCCACGAGUAUCUUUCGUUCGAUCCACGCAUGACCGGCUUCAGCGUGGCAGGCGUUCGAUUUCGGUGGAAUGAUGGCAUUUUUUCACUUGCAAUUGGCCCUAAGAAGCCGGAAUCGAGCAACGAUCGGACCGUGUAUUUUCACGCCAUGGCUAGUACGACAGAGUACCAGACAAGCUCGCUGGUUCUGCAGAAUGAAACAUUGGCAAAUGAAGGAGAAUACGAUCACUUCUUUACGCUUGUGGGCGAUCGAGGGGUAAAAUCUCAGAGCACAAUUCACCAGUUCGAUUCGGAGUCCGGUGUGUUGUUCUAUGCCGAGGUCAAUCGAAACUCGAUCGGCUGCUGGAACUCGGCACAACGUUUCGAACCAGACAACCAAGGGAUCGUUCAAUUGAAUAAUAAAGACUUUAUCUAUCCCUCAGAUAUUACACUCGACAACGAAGGCGACCUGUGGGCCAUAACGAACGGGCUCCCGAGAUGGUUGUAUGCGUCAUUCAACACUGAGGAAUACAACUUCCGCGUAUGGAGGCAGAAACCUGCUAGAGCGAUCGAAGGAACAAUCUGCGCACCGGGUGCUCUGUAG